AUGCCCUUCAGGAUGCUAGUGGCACCACUGCCACUGCAUUUCCUGUUGGCAGCAGAGAGCAAGUGAAAACAAGCUGCAGCAGGCAGCGGCCCAGGCAGAAACGGAUCCCGCACGAUUCAUCGGAGCUUCCCCGAGGCCACGAUACCAGCUCCCUGGCCUAGAGCGUCCGGAUUCCGACAGCGGUAAAGGCCGCCGCCGGACCGGCGGCGACUUGGCCGAGACCGCACUCCGCACAGUCGGGGGCUGGGUGGUGCGCUGGGCCCACCGAAGGCGGCCUGCCGAGGACACUCAGUGAUACCCAGCCAGGCGGUGGCCGGCAAAAAAACAAAACAACAACAACAACAAACCGUCCGGGCGCCCCCAGGCCCGCGUUCGCCCGCGUUCGCCCUCAUUCGAAUGCUGCUGAGUCAGCCUCGUGGCUCUUGGCGUCCCCUUCAGCCUAGGGAGUGCCUUCUCCAAUACCUCUUCCAGGAGCCAUCUGCGAGGGAGGCACGCAGAGCAUUGUGUAUAAUCAGAGUAGGUCCUGGGCUUCAGGGAGGUCAUAGUUCGGGGGUGGAGUCAGGUACUCAGCAUGUGGCCCCAGUGGUCCUCGGCCCCACCAUCAUCGCCAUCCCGGUGAACUUGCCUUGGCACAGAGCCAUGCUGCCUGCCCUGCAGGCUCAGAAACUUGAUCCGGCAGCACAUUCAAGGGAGCUGAGGAGGAUAAAUGAUUGUCAAGCAAGUAAAACAAUUAUUUUUUUUCAUUUUAAGAGUAAUUUAUAUCAAAGUCCUUUGGCUUUUAUGCUGAUAAAAGGCAUGGUGAUGGUAACAUCAAGUCCUGAAUUAUUCUCUUUUAAUCUGUCUUCCAGAUUAUUUGAAUAUAUUUUGCUCUAUAAGGAGGGAGUGAUGUUUCAGAUCGAACAAGUCACCAAGCAGUGCUCCAAGAUCAUCCUGACAGAGCCCUGGGAUCCUCUAGACAUUCCUCAGAACUCCACCUUUGAGGACCAGUACUCCAUAGGGGGGCCCCAGGAGCAGAUCACCGUCCAGGAGUGGUCCGACAGAAAGUCAGCGCGAUCGUAUGAAACCUGGAUUGGCAUUUAUACGGUCAAGGAUUGCUAUCCUGUUCAGGAAACCUUCACCAAAAAUUACAGUGUGAUAUUGUCCACACGGUUUUUCGACAUAGAGCUGGGCAUUAAAGACCCCUCAGUGUUUACCCCACCAAGCACGUGCCAGACAGCCCAGCCGGAAAGGAUGAGCGAGGACUGCUCCUGGUAAGCCUGUGGAUGUGGAAGUGACAGCACUGGACAUCAGCGGCCCCAUCUGGAACCGGAUUUGAGACUUGAGAGAUGAGAAUCUUCAUUGCAGAUAAAUAUAAUUUUAGGAAGAUAAACACUGAUGUGGCUUUUUUUUUGUACUACUUGGACUAGGUUUACAAAAAGGAAUGGAAUGGAGAAUAGGUGAUAAUAAGAGCUGAAGAGAUGGCUAACACGGGGACCUCAGAUGUUUCCAAAGCCUGCCUAGGCUCUGCGCCUUCUGGGUGUCCAGGUGUACAGAGGCGCAGUGGCACACACUGGGGCGGGGGUCAGCAGGAGCGGUUUGCCUUGACAGGGGUGAAUGUGUUGUUGCUGACAUUACUGAGAAGGGCUGGACUGCUGGCAUGUAGUGGUCAUAAAAAGCAGAAUGACUUUGAUCAGUUUUAGCAGUAAUUUUAAGCUCUCUAUAGAUGAUGAUCCCGUUAUUGCCUGCGCCAGGGUCGUAAACGCUCCCACUGCUCCGUCCUUCCAGCACCUCACCCCCUCACCCUGUGCUCCCUUGGCCACUGACACAGGGAUCCCUAAAAAUCCCUUCCAGAUUUAAGAGCUUUAUGGCAUGACCCAAUGGAUGUAAAUAUUUGGGAGGAAAUGAAAGGCUGUAACACAAGGUAAUUAUUCCUCUAAAGAUAGAUUUUGCACAGAAGAGUUUGGAAAACCUUAAUGUCUAUAUAUGGGUAAGCAUGAGCCACGUAUGCUCCUUUUGUUCUAUGCAAGAGUAUUAAUAUAUGUGCUGAGUCAUCACCUAUUUGUCAGUAGACCUAGAAAGACAGGUGGCAUUCUAAAAAUAGCACUGAACUGGGAGGCAGGAGACCACUGUUUCUGAAACCCAGGACGAGAAGUCCCCUGCACGGGAACUCCUUUGCUUCACUAGACACACUAUGCUUCUCCUCACCCGCAUCUCUGGGGCACUGCUUCACAACCUCUCGGUCUAUCUGACUUCUGCUCAUCCUUCUCAGGUCAGCUCACACAUGGCUUCAGAGAGCUGCUCCCAAGCCUGGAUUGGGUGCACCUUGCAGCUGGAAUAUGCUAUUCUGACAAUACUUACUAGGCUGUGUCUAAAUUUCCUGCUUCCCAGACACCCUCACUCACUAGCCUGGCUGUGAGCUCCGUGAAUACGGGUACCGUGUUUUGUUUACCUCUAUAUGCCCAGCACCAAGUGCCUGGCACGUGGUCAGUGCCCUAAACAUUUGUCGAGUGGAGAACGCUAGUCUCUCUGGUCCUUGCUUCCUCACCUGUUAAAUGGGAUUGGGUUUGCUGAUAUCUAGAGAGACUUCUAGUGACAAAAUUUACUAUUCUAGAUUCCUUCUACUAUUGUGUUUUAUUUGGCUAUCUAUCUAUCCAUCAUCUAGUACCAGGAGAAAUGUGUGGCACCUAUAUGACGCUGAAAACAAUCUGUAUUACUCACAGUUUAUCUAUAGUGCUUCAAUAAACAAAUUUAAUUGCA